CAUCCCAUUGACUUCAGACUCGCAGCUUUCUGCAUAAAAUAUGAGAUAAUCCCAUAUAUUAUAAAUGAUCUGUAGACCUCAAAAUCACCAGAUAUCUUCACAAAGGAUCCAUUUUUCAUACAAUGGAAUCCCUAAGUGAAGUCGUGACUAUUGGACUUGGGAUUUUCUUCUUCUGCUACUGCUUCCUCUAUAUGAGGAGCAACGGCCGCAACAAAUAUAAGUUGCCUCCCGGACCACGUCCAUGGCCUGUCAUAGGAAGUCUCCAUCUCUUGGGAAAACUUCCUCAUCAGUCCCUUACGACGCUGGCAAAGAAAUACGGAUCCAUUAUGUUUCUCCGUUUGGGCUCCAUCCCCACUGUUGUGGUCUCUUCUCCUGCCAUGGCAAAAGAAUUCCUCAAAACGCAUGAUUUGGUCUUUGCAAACAGAUCAAAGAGUACAUACGGGAAAUACGUAUGCUAUGAUCAUAAAAGCGUCGCUUUUGGCCCCUAUGGAGCGUCGUGGAAGCAGAUGAGAAAGCUGUUGACUGUGGAGCUCCUCACAAUGAAGAGAAACGAUUCCUUCAGAUUCGUGAGAGAGGAAGAAGUGUCUGAUAUGAUCGCCUCCAUCUGGCAGGAAAGUAGGCAGGGAGCGCAGUGUGUGGAUGUGAAAAAGAGACUCUCCUCCCUCACACGAAAUAUUGUCUGCAGAAUGUUUGCCAGCAGGACGUACGCGGACAACGAGUUGAAUGGGGGGCAUGACUUCAAACAAAUCGUUGAAGAGAUGUUUGUUCUGGCCGGUGCAUUUUGCAUUGGUGAUUUCAUUCCUUCCCUCGACUGGCUCGACUUCCAAGGAUUCCGUCGCCGCAUGCAGGCCGUUCACAAAAUAUUCGACGGAUUUGCUGAGAAGGUUAUCGACGAGCACAUUCAUCAUAGAUUGGAAAAAGAAAAACCGAAAGAGGAAGAUCGUGUUAAAGACAUGGUAGACGUGAUGCUCGGCAUGGCCGAAACGAAGAACCUGACAAUCUCCAGGAUCGACAUCAAAGCCAUGAUCUUGGACAUGUUAAACGCGGGAACGGAAACAUCGGUGACAUUGAUAGAGUGGGCGAUGAGUGAAUUGCUGAAGAAUCCUGCAACGCUGGCACGAGCGCAGCAGGAGAUAGAAUCAGCAGUGGGCAGAGACCGCCGAGUAAUGGAGAGUGACGUAAUGAGCUUGGACUACUUGCGAUGCGUUGUGAAGGAAACUCUUCGACUUCAUGCGCCAGCUCCAAUGCUCUUGAACGAAUCGACCGAAGGAUGCAGCGUAGGAGGAUAUUUCAUUCCGCCAAAGACGAGGUUGUUUGUGAAUGUGUGGGCGAUCGGAAGGGAUGAAAACGUUUGGAAAGAUGUUCAUCAGUUUAAGCCCGAGAGGUUCAUGGGGUGUAAUAAGGAUGUGAGAUGUCAGGACUUCGAUUUGUUGCCGUUCGGAGCAGGAAGAAGAGGAUGCCCUGGUAUUUCCAUGGGACUCUCUGUUAGUGAGUUGGCACUCGCUCAGUUAAUUCAUUGCUUUGAAUGGAAUGUGAAUGGGGAGGUAGAUAUGGAGGAAGAGUUUGAAUUAACCGUUCCCAGAAAAAACCCGCUGUUUGCCUGCCCUAAAUGGAGGCUCACUACUGAAUAUCCUAGUUAAGCAUGUAUUAUUUGAUAGAUGCCCUUGUUAGGUUAAUAAGCUAAAGAGUGAGUUUGUAGUUAACAAGGAUACAAAGCAUCAAGUUUCUCUAUUAGCCUAGUUAAUCUGGAGUUGAUAAAAGGAGAGGAGAUUACCCAUGUGAUGUUGUAUUAAUUUGAUGAA